AUGAAACCUGUGGUCUGGAUUGGAAAAUCUGUGUCCUAUGCUCCGUGGAGUCCCUUGCCAGGCUUAUGGUCCAUAAUGAUCGUGGCUUUGCCAUCUUUGUAG